AUGCUUAAGGCCUGUUUGCCGCGGCACCUGCGCGUAACUCCGCUGUUACGCGUGUGGGCCGCUGAAGAGGAUGAUGCGAAUGCUCCGCCAACUACAUUUAAAAACGUCAAACCCGGCCGGUUGUUGCGACUUUGGAGACAAAUACGCCAGCGCGCAUGGGUUGCCUUCACAUGGGAUGAAGAAUGGACGAGUCCUGGAAGUGAGGGUUACUUGCAUCAGCAACGACUUGAACAGGUUUGCUUUGCUCCUCUAUCAGCAUAUGGUAUGGUUCCGGGUUCCUACUGUGACCCAUUGUUGUACAAUACAAAAAAUACCUCACCAUUCCGCUGGCACGUAGCCAACACUUCAUCAGAUAUCGUCGGUCACUGGUACAUGGAGGCGGAUGAAAUAUUUCGUAUCAAAGACUGGCAACCGAAGAAUCCCGAUGACCCGACUGAGAUGUUUCCCCGACCCCCACAACAGAUUCUCAAGUGGGAUGAAACCGUGGAUGAACACGGCAACCGCACCUUCCGAUACAAAUAUCGUUACGACUUUAUGGGACCUACGGGUAUGUGGGAGGCAUACCCGCGUUACCCCUUUUCGCAUCUUUAUCUUAAUGGACAAGAUCAUCAUGGCAGGGCAGAGGGAUACGGAUUCAAGCAGGGUCAUUUGUUACGCUGCAGUGAAGAGGAGGAAGAGGUGUUACGUCGCAUCAUGGAGGAGGAAGAUAAGGAAUGGGAGAUGGUGAAGCGGACGGAAGUGGUGCAGGAGCCAUGGUCGUAUCCAGGCAAAAUACGGCCUCAGGACUUUAAUGGUGCAGUGGAGCGUGCCAAGGCAAGAUUUAGGGAACAAAUUAAGCAAGGAAAAGAGACGGAUCCGAGUGAGGAUCCAGAUUAUGAUUUAGUGCAAGCAGGUGAAUAUGUGGAGCCUCGUGAUGGACCACGUGCGGAAUGGCGGCACUUGUGGACAUCAAACAGAGCGAAGGGUGAGCCACUGCCAUAUCAGGUAACAUUUAACGACGGUAUCACUUUUGAGGACAAUGAGGAGAAGCCACCUGUGCAUCCGGCAAGUCAUUACGAGGUGAAGCCGAAGGAGGCUCCGUACAAGAAAUACGAGGAACAAGACACGAAAGAGGCGGACGAGAAACAAAAGAAACUCAAGGAGCAGUGGGAAAAGUCAUUUGAAGAGUCCAUUUCGCGACACGAGAAGACUGUUGGGGACGGUAAGACUAGCGGCGGUAACAGUGAUAGUCGUAGCAGUGGCAGUGCUGCAGAUAGCGGUGCCAAGGAACCUCCCAAAUAA